AUGCAUAACACCAUCAACCAUGCCAUUCUCGUUCAUGGUAAUAAUCAACUCGGGCAACUUGGUACAGGAGAUUUUACGAAACGAGAAAUUCCCACUAAGGUAGAAUUAGCACCUGGAUAUUCCGUUCGGAAAGUAGCCUGUGGUUUUGCUCAUACGAUUGUAAUGGUUGCUGAAGAGAAAUGUUGUUAUAGCCAUCGUCAUCAUCAUCAAUCUGACUUAAAUCAAGCGAUUGAACAACCCUGCUCAUUCGCCUUGAUGGGAUGUGGAACCAACUGCUGCUCCCAACUCGCGCAACCAGGAAGUGCCUUCAACGACACUGAAAUACCUCAUCUGAGUCCCAUUCAAAACUCAAAAUGCUUACAAGAGAUGAGAUCCAUACAUUGCGGAUGUAACUUUACCAUGAUUUGUUCAAAAGAUGGAAAAUCAUUGCAUGCCAUGGGUGAUAAUGCGAAUGGUCAGAUUGGAUUGAGAAAUUGGCUUGAAGUGAGCAUGCCAAAUUCGGUGCCGUUGAAAUCAUUGAGAAAUAACUUGACGAAUGAAUUCGAUACCAUUCUGAAAGUUUUCUGUGGUUAUGAUCAUACAAGCGUCCUCUGUGAGAGCGGAAGUGUGUAUUCAACGGGAAAGAACAAUUUUAGGGAACUUGGAUUUUCAAAUAGUGCCAUUCAAAAUGAUAGUCAAUACACUUUAACAAGAGUGGCUUGUUUGGAUACUAUAUUACAACCUACUGAGCGAGUGGAAAUGAUUGCAUAUGGAGAAAAUCAUUCCUUGUUGCUCAUACGGAAUGGAGAAUCGAACACAGAUCGAUUACUUGCGUGUGGAGACAACAAGUAUGGAGCUUGUGGACUUGGAACGUCGGUGCAUUUAGUACCAAGUUUUACCCAGGUUGACAUUGGCAACCAACAAACUGUACAACAAAUUUCCAAAAUUGCUUGCGGUGAAUUUCACAGUGCUGUUUUAACAGAACGAGGAGAUGUUUGGGUUACUGGAAGGAAUAGUGAAGGUCAACUUUCAUUUGGUAAUUUAGAUCACCGCUACAGGUUUACAAAAAUUGAUGUAUUUGGAUUAGCAAUUUCGGACAUUUCUCUUGGAAAUUCUCACUCCAUAUUUAUUAGUGCCCUUAAUCGACAAUUGAUGUUUGGAACAGGAGGUGGAUUUGAUCAUCCCAUCUCUCAAAAAUCCAGGUUGCAACGAAUAGAAUUUGGAAAGGAAAAUAACUACAUGCUAGUGAAUAGCGCAGCUUGUGGUGGGUUGCACACCGUUUUUUAUAGGGAUCAAGACGUGGAGGAUGGAAUAUCGUCCCAACUAAUGAAACGAAAAGUAUUGUCUUGCUCCAAAGGUAAUUUGUUGGUAGAUAUUGCCAUUCAUGCUACAAUUUGA